AUGAGCAGAAACUUAAUCUCCUAUGGAAUGUUGGAAACAUCAGGGUGGAUAUAUGAAGGCAAAGAUCUUAUGGUCAAUUUCUACAAGAAUGAUAAAAAGGUUAUCUCAGGGAAAUAUCAUCAGGGACUAUAUUAUCUACAGGGGACAGUCUCUCGAGAAGAGGCUAAUCUAUCUAAAGUUGAGAAGAAUAUGACUAAUGUUUGGCAUUCACGCCUCGGUCAUAUGAGUCUUAACAAUAUGUCUGAACUUGUCAAACGUGGAUUUAUCAUUGACAAGGAGGUUAAGACAUUGGAUUUCUGUGAACACUGCAUAAUUGGGAAAUCUCAUAAGCAAAGUUUUCCUAAAGUUAAGCAUGUUACUAAAGGGAUUCUAGAGUAUGUUCACUCUGACCUUUGGGGUUCUCCUUCUACACCAGACAGUCUUGCUGGAAACAAAUACUUUGUGACUUUUAUUGAUGAUUUUUCAUAG